GAUUAAAAAUUAUUUUUAGGCACAAAACUUCAAAUUUAAACAUCAACUAUCAAGUAAUCAAAUGCGGAGCCUCCGGGCACAACGUUCGAAGCAAACCUAGUUUUAAAGCCACUCCAGUGGGAAUGUUAGCAUUAGGAAACGUAAUAGGCAUUUCAGAAUAUACAGUUAACUCCGACGGAUGCUGGGUCAAAUUGGAUAAAGCCACUAAAGAAAAAUACUGCUUUAGCUCGGAAACCGAAGCUUGGUCAUUAGCUGUUGGUCACAAUAACGUACUAUAUUUGGGUAAUGUCAACGAAACUGGUAGCCCAAAAUUUACAUUAGAUGAUAAUUCUCGAAAACAAAAGAGGGGAUUUAAUUUUUCUCUUAAAUCGAACGAAGCGAAUUUUUUAUUUUCGGGGCAAAGCUCUAUUGAAUCUGAAGAACUUUUACCGACCAAUCCGUUUAUUUUCGGCGAAGGAAGCCAACCAGAAUAUACAAAAACACCUAAGAAAGACAAAAAAGAUGGUAAACUAAGUAGUUUACCUAAGUGGUUUAAAGGAGAAGAUGUUAAAAACGAUUCAAAGGAACCCAGCAUCAGUCCACCAAUAAAACCACACAGUGAGAGUAGCGUAAAUGGAAAUGGAGUUACACCACCAGAUACGCCAAAAAGAUCUCAGAGUCCAAGAGCUUUAAUUUCAUCUUCAAAGUUGUCAAAUAGGAGUUCAAAUCCGGUAACAGAUCCAGGUCAACCAAAUGUUGUAUCAGAAAGUAGUGGAAGUCCCCACCUGUUUGGAUCUACAAAAAGCAUAGCAAUGUCACCUUUAGUAAGUGGAACUGGCUGCGAAUCCAAUGUUCCUUCUAGAGACAUAUUACCGUCCCUCAGUCAAACCACUGCUCAGAAAGAAACGUCACCUAGUUCAAGCAGUAGCUCAGUCCAUGCUAGAUUAAGUUCUAGCUCAUCUAAUAUGACAAACUCUAAGGAAUAUUUUGAACUAGAACAUAGUCCUAAAAAGUUAAUGCAGACAGGAACUCAGACAUCGCCAGAAAACGGAACCAACGGCGCAAUAAAAACCAACUUUUCAAUUGGAGCUCUCGGAAAAGACGAGAAAGUUUCUCCGAAAAUGGCGCGCAAAGAGAGAAACAUUUCAAAGAUCAGACCCAAAAGGGCAAUAUCCCCGGCAAAUUUGCAACAAUUACCGUCCGGCUCUAAAAUGAAUUACGGAUACGAAAAUGUAAAACAAGCCAUGAGUCCUUCAGUAGCGGAAUCGCUUAGAGCUGUAUUCGCUGCGUUUUUGUGGCACGAAGGAAUCGUUCAUGACGCAAUGGCUUGCGCAUCUUUUCUAAAAUUUCACCCAACUUUACCGAAGCAAGGUGCUUUAGUAGUCACUCGCCAUCAAGAUAUACCCGUCGAUAAACGUCAAAAAGAGCUAAGCAAAGAAGAAAAAGCGAGACAACGUCAUUCAGUCGAAGUAAGUAACGCCGGAAAUUACUUACAUAUUCAGCCGUCCACUUUGGAAUCGUUAACAAGAUCCGCGGCAAACGCUAGUGCUAAUCGAAACCGUAAAAAACAUAAUGAAGGAACGAUAAAAGAAGAAGGCGAGAAAUACGAUAGUUAUGGAUACCAUACUAUAUCCGUUUUGCCGCCGGCAUUGAAAGCCUUGGUAUAUUUAUGGGAGGAAUUGACUACGAAUUGCUUGAGGGCUAUGAGUCAACAACAAGUAGCAACGAGUAGUCCUGUAAAUUCCAAGGGGAAAAAAGAUGAUAAGACUGAGAGAGAAAAGAAUAUCCAUUUAGAAAGAGAGAUCAAGAAGUACAGAAAAAAGAAAAUACCGCCAAGGAAUUAUUUAGAAGAUCUAGGAGGACUGUCGAGUUACCUCCAAGCUUCAGGAGUAGAAACUUUGUGCGAACUUUGCGGGGAUACAUUUCCUCAUCCUGUAACGUACCACAUGCAUCAAGUGCAUCCUGGAUGUGGACAACACGCGGGUGGCAAAGGUUACAACUCAGGCGGAAGUUAUUGCUUAGGAUGGGCUGGAAACUGUGGGGAUGGUGGAAUUCCUGGAAGUUCUUGGUACUUAUUAUGCGAAAAUUGUCGCGAAAAAUACAUGAAAUCUCUCAAAACCGGGAAGCAAACAAAUUUUCAUCAUAGAUCCGUCAUAACGAAAAAAAAUAUGCCCACCAAAUCGUUUCCAUCUCCGGCAGUAGCGGCAAAUUUAGAGCCGCAUAUAAUUAUGAAAAACAACGCGAUGUUUUUAUUAGACCUUGCCAGUUCGGCAGACACGAGUAUGACUCACCAACGGAGACCUUCUUCCAGCAUUAUGCCGUCUGUUUCUGAAAAUAUUUCUCCUCCCGACUAUUGUGGACCAUUCAGACCGCUGCCGUCUUUUCAGUGUUUAAAUUCGUUUGGAGUGAAUUUAAUUUCUGAUGAACCAGGAAUAUAUAACGAGAUGUUACAGAAAAAUGAAUGUUCAGAUAAUUUCCCUCCAGGUCCUUCCACUUCUGGACAAAGACCUCUAUCUGAAAUAUCUAUUAGUGAUGAUUUGGAUGGUACGAAAGGAAUGAGAUUCCACCGUUCAGUUUCAAUGGGAACAAAUGGAAUACCUUGGGCAAAAUCUGGAUAUGAUGGACGAAUUAUUAUGUUAAGAAAACGAAAUAAUAGCAGUUGCGAAAUGGCUAACGAAGGAGGUUCGUCACUUCUAUGUAAUCCAUCAAAUGCUCUCCAAAAAUUGAUUCCUAAGAAAGACAAUCCUUCAUCGGCUAUUGUUAGAACUGAUACCAACAACGAUGUCAAUAACGAAGAAUUCGCUUUAUUAGAGAGGCCCGUUUUGCAGUUCUUACUUCAUCAACAUGAUUUGGAAUCGUUGCAUCUUGCAAUGAAACAAGCUCUCAGGAAAGCUAUGUGUCGAGUGUACGCAAUGCAAGCUUUAAAUUGGUUAUUACGAUCGGUAACGCAACCGAUUUGCAUCCACGAUCUGCUAUGGUGGUUUGUGACAUCUUUAACACCCGUAGAGAUGGAAAAUGAACCAGAAGAUGAUAACCAUUUACCAAAAAGAGAAGAUGAAUUGGAACUGAACAUUUGCGAACACCCUUUAUCGGAUAUUACUAUAGCAGGCGAAGCUGUACAUCCAUUACCAAGUAUUUUCCAUGCUCUUUUACAAACAAUUGCUGAUUUAAUGGUGUUGUUGCCAAUGAGUUCGCCAUUGCAACAAAUUGCGGUUAGAUGUUGGGGUAUAAGAUUUGCUUCUUCUGAUCAUUCAUUUCUUCACAGAUCUCAGGUUUUCAGCAAUAUUAGCAAAAUUUUAUCAAGAAGCGAAGAAUUAGAAGAUUUUACCAUCUCCAUGCACGAAAGUCACCAAAGUAUUAUACACCAAGUUACUUCCGUAGUCGAAUGCUUAAAGGAUUUAACAACUACAUUAGAAAUAAAAGCUUCCAGUAGACAAGCUAUGGUCGGAAGCUUAACAGACAACUCGACAGAAACGUUCUGGGAAAGCGGCGAUGAAGAUAGAAAUAAAACUAAAAGUUUGACGAUAGUUUGUCCUCAAGGACACCACCCAGUUUUGAUUUGUAUACAUAUUGAUAAUUGCAGAGAUUUAGGGAACAAGAUAUCGUCUAUAACAUUUUUUUCGGGACAACACACUGACGAAUUAGUAAAAUUAAGAACAGUCGAAGUAGAGACUAGACUGUUGGGAAGUUGGGUCAGUUGCCCCUUAACAGAUUUUGCGCAUAACGUCUUAAGAUUAGAACUAAAAGGACCUGAUAACUCUGUAAGAGUAAGACAAAUACGGGUCCUUGGAAACAUUGAAGGUGAAACCCUAAACGUAGGAAAACAGUAUUUGGCUAGUACACUCCAACAAAAGUACUGUGAAGGAGAGACACUUAGAGUAUUUAGACUUAUAACAUCCCAAGUCUUCGGCAAACUGUUACAGGGCGAGGAUGGUCAAAACAUUAAUAAUGGCGAUUUACUUAACGGUUCUGGAUCUAUCAACGAAAACACGGACCCGAACGAAGAGAGUAACGAUCUAAGAGAACAUGUCGUAGGAAUUUUGUUUAGUAGAAGCAAAUUAACCCAUUUACAAAAACAGGUGAUAGUUCAUAUUGUGCAAGCCAUCAGAAAAGAAACUGAAAGAGUUCAUGACGAAUGGGAGUCAAAUCUUUGUACAUCUUCAGGAUUUUCAAAUCAAAGCCAAGAGGGUACUAAAAAUUCGGAUACGUACUGCUUCGAAAUGUUAUCCAUGGUUUUGGCGCUAUCUGGUAGUUCAGUAGGAAGAAAGUAUUUGUCUCAUCAAACAGAUCUGAUUGGUGAUAUUUUAACAUUGUUGCAUACAGGCAGCGCUAGAGUACAACGACAGGUAACCUCGUUGUUAAGAAGAAUUCUACCAGAUAUUACUCCGGAAGCUUUUGCAAAAGUUGUAGGCGUGAAAAAGUUACCAGCAAGAGAUUUUAGCAUUGUUUCAGUUGCUAACAAAGAAUCAUUCAGCAGCAGUUUUGACGUAAAUCAGCUGGGAAUUCUGGACGUGUUUCUAAGCGUUAUAGCCAAAGCGCUUACACUUCAAGUUAAAGUCAGAGGAAAAACUGGAGCAGGAGGAACUCCUAAAGAAGUUACAACUGUUACUCUAGCUACAUCGAUACAGCCAAGAGAUGUUCUAGGUGUAAGAUGGUGGUUAAGAGGAUCUGUCAAUAAGAAGUUAUCCGAAGUUAUUAUUAAUCUCAUUAAAGAUAUGGCUGGUGGAAAAUUAUCAGAAUGUUGGGCAAAUAUAACCAAGGGUGCGAUUGCAGAAAAUAUACUACACCUAACAUAUUUGUCCGAAGAUCAAAGAGUCCCUUCCACCUGUUUACGGACACCAACGUUGUGGCUGGCUUUGGCUUCGCUUUGUGUUUUGGAUGAAGACCAUGUAGAACGUUUAACAUCAGGACAAUGGAGCCAACCUGAAGGUCAAGCGAUACAACCAAGACCAACUUGUUGUAAUCAUGAUGAUGGAGAAACUGUUGCGGUAGUUCAGUGUAAUCAUUGUGGAAAUCUGUGUGCGGACUGUGAUAGAUAUUUACAUUUGCAUAGAAAAACCAGAAACCAUCAAAGACAGGUUUGUAAAGAGGAAGAAGAAGCUAUUAAAGUAGAAUUGCACGAAGGUUGCGGAAGAACAAAACUGUUUUGGCUAUUGGCUUUAGCGGAUCCCAGAACAUUGAAAGCUCUCAUUGAAUUCAGAGAAGGAGGUACUCGGAACAAAACAAUAGGAAUGAGCGGUGUUUGUCGGUUUUGUGGUACUUCUGGAAAUUCGGGUCUUCUUGCUAUUGGAAAUGUCUGUGCUGAUCAUGAAUGUCAGGAAUACGGAAGAACAUCGUGCAGUAAAAUUUUAAAUUGUGGACAUAUGUGUGGAGGGGUUUUAGGCGAAACGAAAUGUUUGCCAUGUUUACAUGGAUGUUCUGGGGAUAAUACGUUAAGACAAGAUUCUGAUGAUAUGUGUAUGAUUUGUUUUACGGAAGCUCUAUCCUGUGCUCCAGCUAUUCAGCUUGGAUGUGGACAUGUAUUCCAUUUGCACUGUUGCAAAACUGUUUUGAUGAAACGGUGGGCCGGUCCGAGAAUAACAUUUUCAUUUAUACUAUGCCCAAUUUGCAAGGAAGAAAUGAAACACGAAAUGGUAACCGACAUUCUGACUCCUAUUUUGGAUUUAUUCAAAGACGUUCGUAGGAAAGCUUUAAUGCGAUUAGAGUACGAGGGUUUACACACAAUUGAAGCUGUAACGACACCCGCUUCUCGAUUCUACAGCGAUCCAGCCUCUUAUGCUAUGGAUAGAUAUGCCUAUUACGUAUGUUACAAGUGUAAAAAAGCCUAUUAUGGGGGCGAAGCAAGAUGUGAUGCGGAAAUGGCGGAAAAUUAUGAUCCAAAAGAAUUAGUUUGCGGUGCUUGUUCUGAUGUUGCCAGAGCACAGAUGUGCCCUAAACACGGAACUGAUUUUCUAGAAUAUAAAUGCCGGUACUGCUGUUCAGUAGCAGUAUUUUUCUGCUUUGGCACCACCCAUUUUUGUAACCCAUGUCACGAUGAUUUCCAAAGGGUUACCAAUCUUCCGAAGAAUGAAUUACCCAUGUGUCCAGCAGGACCUAGGGCCAAACAAUUGGAAGGUGAAGAAUGCCCGUUGCAUGUCAAACAUCCACCUACUGGUGAAGAAUUUGCUUUAGGUUGUGGAGUCUGCAGAAAUGCCCACACGUUUUAAAAUAAAACACAUUCUAAUAUUUAAAUAUAUAAUAAUUGUAAUGUCAAAUGCUAGUCAACAAUGAUUUUAUUUGUAGAAAAUGUACCUCUAUAUAUUCUUUUUAAAUAAAUUCACUGUACUUUGAUAUAUUUAUUAAACAAUAUAUUUUAAAAUAAAUGAUGAAUAUCUCUUAAUACUUUUUAUUUUUCCAUAGAUAAAAAAAAUGUAUGUGAAAUUAUCAUUUUGCAACUUUUAAGUAUUCAGAAAACUCAUUUAACUUUUAAAUCAAAUCUUAAUCUGGAACGUAUCCUUUAUGAUUGUCAACAAGUAUUUAUCCUUUACAUAGGCCUGGUAAUUUUUCUUAUUAAUAAUUUUCAAUCAUUCUUUAACAUCUUCCUUAAGAAGUGCAUUAUUCAAAUGUAACUGUUGCAUUACUAAUUCCGGCAAUUUGUCUACUUCAGAACAAUCAUAAUCUUGACUAACUUCCCCUUUUAAUAUAUUAGUGUUUUUCUUCCAAAAACUGUCUUGAAUUAGAUCUUCGUGGAAUGGAUAA